UACCAGAAAAUGGAUUUGAUUUUUAUUAUUAUAUAUAUUUUCAAUAAUUUUGAUCAUGCAAUUUGAAUCCACAAAAUUGAUAUAUUCAUCGUGAAAUAUUACUAAGAAUAAUGUCUGAACAGCUGUCGGGUGUUACGAUAGUUUUAAUAAUUGGAGGUGGUGUUAUAUUAGCGGUUAUAUUGUUUAUUUUUGCCAAAAGGCAAAUUAUGCGUUUUAGUCUUCGCUCUCGAAGAGGCCCUCAUAUUGCAAUUGGACACGAUGCUAAGAAGUCAUUGAGGAAGGAAGUUGAACGUAAAAUUGAGGCUAUUCCAAAAAUUUAUUGUGAGCCACAACUCAUUUCUGAUCAUGACAUUAGAAAUGAACAAGAGGAAAUGGCUUUACCUUAUUAUUGCAGAUUUAAAGCUGUAGAUGAUGUUAAACUUUUAGAAUCUGAAAUAUCAAAACAAGAUGCUCAUUUGUGCAGGCAUCCCAGUGAAAGUUUAAGGGGUUAUUUAUUGACGGCUUUAGCACCUGUUUUAACUGAAUGUAGUCAAAAGAUGAUACAUAAAUUUUGUGAUAUGUAUGAACAUGCCCGACACGAUCCUAAUGAUUUUCAAGAAAAAGAGUAUCAAGUGUAUCAAAAGCUGCUUUUAAAAUUAUUGGAAACGACUAGCCAGAUUAAGUCAUCUGUAAACAGUCAAAAAAUAUCACCUAGUAGAACUUUAAGAAAGCAACACGAGGAACAAAUAUUAAGACCUGUACUUGAUGCAUCUCGUCUGCGAGUACCAACCUCACAAUCACAAUCAAUAUUUAAGUUAUCGUUUAGUGCUGAGAGCAAUUCUUUAAAUGUUGAAAAUAGACCUUCCAAGAAUUUAUGUUCUUCGUCCGACACUAAAAUCAAUGAUAAUGAGACAUCAGUUUGAUUAAAAAUAAAUAGACGCAAAAGGAAAUAAUAUAUUAAAUAAAACUAAAAG